AUGCCGACGGCGACGCCGGCGCCGACGCCCAAGGCGGUGAUCCACCAGCGGUACGGCGCCAAGGCCGUCUACAGGGCGGAGGAGGUGCGGGAGGCCGUCCACGGCGCCUGCCCCGGCCUCGCGCUGCCGCAGACCACCAGGUGCGUCUACCGCGGACACCUCGAACUCGCCGGGGUGCUCAGCGUCGCCACCCCGGGGACCUUCCUCAGGAAGAAGGACGCCGAGCAGGCCGCAGCGCAGAUGGCCAUCGACAAGCUUGGUAUACAGGCCACAGCGAAUAUUCCCAGUACACCUCAAGAAGCUUGGGAGGAACUUACUGGUCGUAUAUCUUACUUUUUUGCAGACGAGAACUUCCCCACAUCAUCUCAUCCUCUUGUUGGACACUUGUGUGUGGCGCUCAGAAGAAACGGGGACCUCCUUGGAAGAAUACCUAUUUCAGCUAUUGUUACGUGCGAUGUGAAGGUCCAUACGUUGUGUAAAAUUAUUGACCCUAAGGCAGAAUUUGAUCCUCUCUUAGUUUUGUCAAUGAUCUAUAAUGCUACCAAACAAUCUCCUGGUGUGUCUGUUAGUAACAGUAACUUCUGGGUUGAGAGUCAAAGGCCUUAUUCCCCUGAGGCUGUUGAUCAGGCUCUUCAGCGCUGGUCUGGUAUUUCAGAUCCCAUUAGAGUAGAAGCAGUUCUUGUUCCUUGUGUGAUGGAGGAUGAACCUAAGGUGGUAAGCCUUAAUGUGUCGGAGAAUGAACAUUAUAUGGUUGAUAUAGCAUCAAAGCUCUCUGCCACUGAUUCCUCCCAUGUCCUCGUCUCAAGAACAGUUGGCAAAACGUCCUCUGAGAUAAGGUUUUAUUUCCCAGCUCCAGAUGUACAGUUCGUUUCUGAUUUAUCCAGCAAUGUGGUUGGUUGUCGUGGAGAUGGUAAUAUGAAUUGUGUAAUAAAUAAGCGGGCUUCCUACAUUUCUGGUCAAACUAUUUAUGGAGAUGCAAUAUUGGCAAAUGUUGGAUACACAAGGAGAGAUACAGAACUUCAAACUGAAAAUGUCACUCUAUGCACCUAUUACAGGAUUCUUCUGGGCAAAUUGCCUGAUGGAAUUUAUAAGAUCUCCAAGGACUCAAUCCUUGUGGCGGAGCUUCCAUACGUUUAUUCUCGUACUAGUUGGAAAGGCCCCUCUCCAAGAGAUCUCAUCUGUUCAUUCUGUCGCCUCCAGAGGCUAUCAGAGCCACAUUUCACUGUCAAUAGGGUACGUGCAUCCUGUAAUGCCCUAGGAUCAGCUGUGUGCUCUGAAGAGACAGGGUCGCCAAAAACUGCUGCAAAGAAUCAGUGUGCAAAUGAUGGCAGGAUUGACAAGGAAAACCCAGAUGUGUUCAAAUGCUAUGUCAAAAUUUAUUCGAAGAAGCGUGAACUUUUACUAGAGUAUUCUACAGAUGAUAAGUGGAGCAAGGAAUCUGAUGCUCUUCAGAAUUCUGCAUUGAAGGUCUUGAUUUGGUUCAAUCGUUAUUUCAAGCAACUGAACAUGCAUGUGGAGAAGCUAUAUCUUCCUGAGAGCACUGAUGGCUUCACGGUGUAUCCAAAUAUUUUUCUGCAAGAAUUUGCAAUGUGCUUAUCUGUCUAUGGCAAGACCAGUGGUGGUGACUCAAGAACGUGCAACACAGAUGGACUGUUUUAUAUGGAUACAUCACAUCAGCAGCUUGAAAACAGUGCAUUUUUAACAGACAUUGAUGGCCAAGAUUCUGGUGUUUUUCCAUCCCAUGGAUCGUUAACUUGCAUAAGCUAUACUGUCAACUUGUUUACGAAGGAUAAAAGAAAGAAAUAUCUCCUAGAAGUCAAUAAUGAGUUUGAAUUUGAGAUAGGGGCUGGAGCUGUUAGGAAUCAGCUUGAAUCAUGUGUAACUCAGCUAUCAGUUGAUCAAAGUGCAUGCUUUGUGGAUGAACUGUCUGAUAGGGAUUUGAUCCUGGCUGCAGCCAGUGAGCUGUCACCUGACCUUUCCAAGAUAUCUAGAGACAGCUGCGUCUUGGAGUUCUCUGUAAAGGUUUUGCAAGUAACUGAACCUUUGGAAGAUAGAAUGGAGAAGGCCUUGUUCAAUCCUCCUUUAUCUAAACAAAGGGUUGAAUUUGCUGUUCGGCAUAUCAACCAGCUGCAUGCUACAACACUGGUUGAUUUUGGCUGUGGAUCUGGUAGUCUUCUUGACUCACUGUUAGAGCAUCCAACAACCCUUGAAAAGAUUGUUGGUGUUGAUAUUUCUCGGAAAGGUCUUACAAGGGCGGCAAAGAGCCUUCAUCAGAAGCUUAGCAAGAAAUCCUUGACGCAGACUAGUGUUCCAACCGCUGUGCUUUAUCAUGGAUCAGUGACAGAUUUUGAUUCUCGCAUAUAUGGGUUUGACAUUGGCACCUGUCUUGAGGUGAUUGAGCACGUGGAGGAGGAUGAAGCAAGUUUGUUCGGCAGCGUCGUCUUGAGUUCAUUCUGUCCGGCGGUGCUCAUUGUUUCCACACCCAACUACGAAUACAACCCUAUCCUCCAGAGGUCAGCUAUGCCCAACAAGGAAGAGGAGCCAGAAGAAAAUGCCGGACCUUGCAAGUUCCGCAACCAUGACCACAAGUUUGAGUGGACAAGGGCCCAGUUCCAGCACUGGGCUACUGGCCUGGCAGCGAGCCACAGCUACAGCGUGGAGUUCAGUGGCGUUGGCGGCUCGGGCGAGGAACCUGGCUACGCUUCCCAGAUUGCUGUCUUCAGAAGAAUGGCACGAGAUCAAGACGAAUCAUCCCAGAAAGAGGAUGAACCGCUUCAACCAUAUGAGGUUCUCUGGGAAUGGGCUAACGCGUCGAUACCGUCUAACUGAGUUUUGGUGUAGGAAAUACACCUGACUCCUCGCCGUGCUCCCUAGAUGAGACUGGUUAUUGCUAACUUGUCAGCCUGAAACUCCACGCAGGCUGUGUCGUUGGGUAUUUAGCGUGUCAAUGAACAAUCCUCGGUUGUGUUAAACCAAAUAGUUAUGGUAACUCCGAACUGAUCCAUUGCGAUGGUUUUAAUCUGUGUAAAAUCUGAAUAUCGCGUCGCGAGCAAAGUGACUUGUCUGUUGCAGCGUGCUUUUUCAUGAAC